GUGAGGGAGUGAGGGAGGGAGUGACUGUGGGGAGCGCAGUGAGUGAGUGAGUGAGUCAGGCCGCCGAGCACUGCUCAUCCAAUGGAGCUGUGCGGAUCCCCGUCCCACUCUAGCUUACCGAUCACGUUUAUCACCGUGCACAUGAUCUUCAGGGAUGGACGACGAUCUGGUGUGUGAAUAUGACUCCACCUGGGACACGGAGAGCGACGGGGACGAGCUGGAGAACACCGGCCGCAGCAAGAAAACACGGCCCGCUUUCUGGUCCAACUCCUCCUCAAGAAACCUCAGAGCGGCUAAGGACAUGCAGAACUACAGACACGGAUAUCCAAACAUUAAUGAAGAGGAAUGUCCAGAAGAGAGAAUGACUAAUUUAAAAUUCUAUCUGAAUGAAAUUAAAUCAUCUCCUGAUGAUGUGUCGAUUGAGACAUUUCACACCGAGUGGAGAACCGAUUACAAAAGACUGGAGAGAGUUCACUCCUACAUUCAGUGGUUGUUUCCUUUGCGAGAGCCCGGAGUUAACUACAUGGCUGCGGAGCUCACCAAGAAGGAAAUCCAAGCCUUCAAGGAGAGCGAUGAAGCUAAGAGCCGUCUCCUGGACUCCUACGAGCUCAUGCUCGGCUUCUACGGCAUACAGCUGCUCAACAGAGAAACCGGGGAGGUGAAGCGCGCUGAGAACUGGAGAGAGAGAUUCGCCAAUCUAGAGAGAAACAUGCACAACAAUCUCCGAAUCACAAGGAUACUCAAGAGCCUGGGAGAGCUGGGUUUUGAGCAUUUCCAAGCCCCUCUGGUGCGAUUCUUCCUGGAGGAGACCCUGGUUAGAAAGACCCUCAGCAGCGUCAAACGCAGCGUACUCGACUACUUCCUGUUCGCUGUGCGGGACAAGCGUGAGCGCAGGAAGCUGGUGCGCUUCGCCUUCCAGCACUUUGAGCCCAAAGACAAGUUUGUGUGGUGCCCCAGGAAAAUCCAAAAACGCUUCAAGAAGAAGUCGGAGAAGCGGCAGAACUCUUCAGCUGGUAGCGGCGGAGAGAGCGCAGCACAGGACGAAGGUCAUUCACGAUACAAAAACAAGGAUGCAGAAGCCGCCAGCGAGCCAAAACACAGCAAGCCGGUCGCUGAGCUCACAGACGCAAAGAAGCAAGUCGACAGCGACUCCGUAAUGAGAGCGGAAGAUCAGGAGCCCAAUCCAGACGCUGCUUCUGUACAAUUGGCUCUUACUAACGGCACCGCUGUUAACAACGGAGAGACUGUUAGCGACGAGCCACGCUGUGCUGAAGACCAGCAAGUCUCCCAGAAGCCUGAGCGAGCGGCGGAGGCUCCGGAUGCUAGCUGCGAGCGUGUAGCCGCUCUUAACACAGGAUCGGCAGACUGUGACGACUCUCGGGACGAGACGGACCGUCUGCUCUGUCCUGCUGACUCUCAGGAGGAGCCGGAGGGAACGAGUGAGGAUAGGACAGUGACUGACAGCCCUAAACACAACACACCAACACAGUCUGAGAAGCUUCCCAGGCCUGGCCUGACCCUGACCAGCAUCCAGCCAGAGAACCAUGAGAAGAACGCAACGAACUGCAACCAGGCUAACGGAUCAGAGACCGAAGAGCCAAUGGACAUUGUGGACACAAGUUCAUACCUCGCCCACGAAUGACUCCCGAACACCACGAAGCACUGAAAAUUGACACUUUAUGAACUUCUUAUGAACUGAUAUGAGAUAUGAACUGAGCUGUUUUUUAAAGAGGGUUCGUUCUAACAGGUUUUCUGUGCGGUGGGGCCAAAUGUUCUUGUUAUAGCUGUUUUUUUUUCUAGUUUGAAUGUUUAUUUGUCCAUACUUUUUCUUAAACUGAAACUGUGAAAGAGGAAUGUACAUUCAUCUAUUGAUGAGAAUAUGUCCAUAGUAAAACCAUAGAGUUAGGGUCUUGUUUUUCAGCAGAUACACUGUAUUUUUGCUGAUGAAAUUCUCUUUCAUGUUUUUAAUGCUAUUCCUGAAUUCAACUGAAAGAGCUUGUCUUUUACUAAGCUAAUUUCUUAGUUUCUAAAAUGUUAAUUUACGGUCAUAAACUAAAGAAGCGUUAAUAAGCCCUAUGAUCAGACGUUUUAAAAUCAAUUCCUUGAAUGUGCAGCAAUGCAGUAACUCCAGAUUAAAACUCUUCCCACGGUACCAUGAAUAAACCCUUCAUGUUUCAUUUAAUGUUUAUAUAUUGUUUUCUGUUGUUUUAAAAUAACUAAUUAAAUUGUACAUUCUUUUUGCUCAAUUGCUUAAGCUCAGUAAUAAUAAAGGCAGAAGAAUUUAAGGGAAUAAA